AUGGCCCACUACUACUCUCAUGCACACUACGACACACAUGCACACGCAAACCCCUAUGUAUAUGGCCGGAACCAGACUAAUACCCACAACAAUGAUCAUGCUUACACUCAAGCUGAUACCCGCGAUUUCAUCGUCGCCACGGAACCCACACAAUGCACUCACACGCCCUGCCUCUGGGGAAACGGAACGUGCCGCAUCGCGUUAGACGACCUUUCGCCGUCCGGGCUCACGCGCCACCUCAAGGCGUUCCACUUCAACACGGGCGCGAACCAGUGGGACAACAAGCGCCGUGGAAUGUGUGCGUGGGGUUCGCACUGCGACGCCCAGGAGAUGAACUUUGAGAGCUUCGGGAAGCAUAUCGCCGCGGUGCACCUUCGUAGCACCGCGCAGCGUUGCCCGCGGUGUGGGCGCGGGUUCGCACGCGGGGACACGCUCACGCGCCAUAUGCUCGAGAACUGUCCAUAUGCGGACGAGUGA